AGACAUCAAAGACAACAGAGCAUCCCAACACACUGACAUCAGGAUCUUCAUCUCCAGUUCAGCUGAAAUCUCACCAUGAAGCUGGUUUCGUUUGUCCUCGUCCUGCUGGCUCCACUGUUGAGCAGCUGCCAGCAGCUCUUUCUGCCGUUUGACUGCAGUGACAUUUACCACAAUUACAACAGCCAACCCAAUGGAGUGUACACCAUCUAUCCCAUCGUAGCCACAUCUGCUGUCCAGGUGUACUGUGACAUGAUUUCAGAAGGAGGACGGUGGACAGUGAUCCAGAGGAGGAUGGACGGCACGGUGAACUUCUACAGGGGCUGGGAUCAAUACAAGACCGGCUUUGGGAACCCAGCUGGAGAGUACUGGCUCGGUCUCGAGUCUGUCUUCCAACUGACUCAGAGGAAAAGGUACGAGCUGCUGGUCGACAUGGAGGACUUUGAAGGAAACAAAACGUUCGCUCGUUACUUCUCAUUCUUCAUCGACCCAGAAAUCUACGGAUACAAACUGCAUGUUUCUGGAUUCACUGAUGGAGGAGCAGGAGACGCCUUGACUUUUCACAACGGAAUGAAGUUCACCACCUUCGACAGAGACCAGGACUCUGAUACGAGGAACUGUGCCAGACAAUACCUGGGGGCCUUCUGGUACAACGACUGUCACCAUGCAAAUCCAAACGGUGUUUAUCGUUGGGGGGCUGACAGCUCUCUCUCUGCUGUUGGAGUGGAGUGGUUACAAUGGAAAGGUCAUAACUACUCCCUGAAGACCAUCAGCAUGAAGAUCCGUCCUGUGCUGUAGUUCUCCAGGACCAACGUACAGCAGAAUAUCAGCUCAUCUCUUCUCAUCUCUUUCUCUUUCUCUCAUUAAGCAUUUCAUCUCAGAACAGGUCUUAUUUUCCUGACACUGAGCACCAACACAAGAAAACCAACUGAUGUCUGUAAAUCUUGUUACCGUCUGUGAUGGUUUAAAUCAGUCGCAGCUCGCUGCAACGUGGAAGAAAAGUCAGAUGUGUCUCCAGUUGGGCGGCUGCAGCAGGAAAGUAGGGCCCAUAAUCUUUAAAUGGAAACACAUAUAUAGUCUGAUCGGUGGUGUUAAUCACUGCAUGAACUGAUAACACAAGUCUAAAAGAGAGAAAGAAGUAAAGAAAAUGAAAAGUAUAAAAGAUCUUUGCAGUUCAGGACAGCCAGUUGAUGUUUGGUGGAGGUUUAAAACUCUAACGUGAAUCUUUAUCUGCUGUAUGGUGACAAUAAAUAAGAAGCUGAGCAUUAAGACGAUCUGAUGUCUUCACUUUGUCUCCUGAGUCUUUCUGUCUGGACUCUCUAAUGGAAGAUGGACUCAUGAUGUGUCUUAAAUCAGUUACAACUCUGGUGUUUCGUAGCAGCUGAACAAAAAGCAACAGAUGGAGCAGGACAUCACACAACAGCACCGACUGUUAAAUAAUACUAAUAACAUUGCUGACAUUACUAAAAAUAUAAUAUAGCAUUAGUAAAACUAUUAAUGAAAGUAUACUGGCCAAACUACUGAAGUAUUACUGCAAAUAAUUGCA